AAAAUUAAUUUCUGACAAGAAAUAAAGGAAAUUUUCACCGAUUUUAAAAUGGUAAAAACCACAAAGCGUUCUUACACUACUGGUGCUUCAAAAUCCGUUGCUGCUAAGCGCAAGAAAUUCCUGAAGGAGAAUCCCGAUGAGCAGAAGGUGCUAACUGGCUUUGACCGCGGUCUGGAGCCAUUGAAGAUCUUGGGGGCCACCGACUCGUACGGAGAAGUGAUGUUCUUGAUGAUGUGGAAGGGCAGCGACCAUGCAGACGUGGUACCCGCCUCGGUGGCCAACAUUCGCUGUCCCCAGUUGGUCAUCCGUUUCUAUGAGGAGCGUCUCGUGUGGGAUUCGGACCAAUCGUCCGGAGGAAGUGAAAACUCAGAGUAGGAUGAAGGAUCCCUAUUGCAAGGACUCUUACACGACG